CUGUACUGUCGUCUGUCAGUGUCAUCGUGUCAUGGAUAAACACAGAUUUUAUCCGUAAUCCUGAAGAUUAGUUUGUCUAUGUGAGCUUUCUAAUGAAUAUUUUAAACAAACGAAAUUAGAUAUAAUGGACGAAUUUUCAACCAAUUUAAAUAAUUUACUCCAACAAAAUGAUACAGAUAAUAUUCUUAUUUUAUUGAAAUCCUCUAACAAAAAAGAUAUACCGUUGAAAAGCUCGACGUUGAUCAAGACACUUUUAAAAUACAAACAUAAAGAAGUUAUAUUGUUGAUAACAGAAUUAAUUGCUGACUGGGCCAAAGAUGCUAAUAGUAGGAAAAUAUUGAGUGAGAAGGAAAUAAUACAAUUGCUUCUCAAUCUUCUGGAAUCAGGAGAUGACAUUGUUUUAAAUGUAGUAAGAGCACUUGGCAAUAUAUUUUAUGAAAAUGAGGAUGCUACCAAAAUGCUGGAUAAAAAUGAUCUUGAUAAAAUAUUGAAAAUGUUUUAUGAUUUAAAACCAAGUGAUAAUAUUUUAUUGCUGUCAAAGAUUAGUGGAUUAUUAUUGAAUAUUUUCAUCAGUAAUGGAAAACUUAAGUUUGUUGAUAAAAAUCAAAUAUUAAAUCACAUAACGUCAAUUUUAGAAAAACAAUCUGAUAUUCAAAAUAGUGAUAGUACUUAUAAUUCAUAUCUUCUUCAAAUUGUGUACACUUUGAUGGUUGAAUAUGAUAAUCAAAUAAUUUAUUCUGAAGAACUGCAUAAAAUCAUAAUAGAUAUUCUAAAGAACUCAGAUAUUCCCGACCUGGAAUUGAUAUGCUUACAGAUUCUUUAUAAUUCUUCUGAAAAAGAUAAUGUGCAAUUGCUACUUGCAAAGUCAAAUGUGUGUGAAAAAAUUUUCGAACUUAUUGAGAAAUACAAGGAGUUUAUAGAGGAUGAUGAAAGUAGAUCAAUUUUAAAUAUGGCCUGCGAUCUCAUCAACAAUAUCCUGAUAGAAGAUGAAGGCAUGAAAUUGCUUUAUGACCAAGGACAUGGAGAGGUAUAUAAAAAUUGUAUAAAAUGGUUAGAUUCAGAUGAUGAAGACUUGUUGGUGGCUGCAAUACUGGCCGUUGGAAAUUUUGCAAGAAAUGAUGCAAAUUGUAUAUCUAUAGUAAAAGAAGGAAUAUCAAAGAAACUAAUAGAUCUUUUGCAGAACUAUUCUCGAAAAUAUGACAAUACAAAUUUGUUACAUUCUUUAUUGAGUACUCUGAAGAAUUUAGUGGUUCCUAAAGAAAACAAGUCCAUUAUUCUUGAAGAAGGCCUGUUUAAUGCCAUAAAGUCUGUUUUACAGAUGAAAGAAGAUAUUACUAUAUUCAAACUAUUAGGAACACUAAGACUUGUUAUUGACGGACAAGAAAUGGCCGCAAGAAACAUCAUGUCAGACCAAAUAUUCCUUGAAAAAUUGGUGAAUUGGUUCGAGAAUCGUUACCAUCUUGGAGUGAGAAUAGAAGCAGCUAGACUUUUAGCUUGGCUUAUCAAGGGCUGUCACUCAUGGAAGUCAAUGCAGUAUAUUAUAAGAACGGAUGGAGCAAUUGCUUGUUUAGUGUCAAUAUUUCCUUCAGUGAAUGCAAUUAUGGAAAAUGAAGCACUAGUCGCUUUGAAUUUACUUACUAUAUCAAUAACACAAUAUCAUGAUGUUGAUGGUUUGGAGGCAGCUGAUGUAGAGAAAAAUAAAAUAGAAUUUGUGAAACAAGUAGUGAAAGCUGAUAUUGCAACAAUUUUGCCAUAUGAAAGAAUAUUUCGACAUAGUGAACAGAUGCUGGAUAACCUGAUUAGCCUAUUAGAAAAACUUUUAGGUUUUGAGGAUGUACUGCAGCAUUUUAUUGAGAAGCAAACAUCUAAAGAAUUGAACCUACAUGUUCAUAUUAUUGAAUCUCAGAAUUCCAUUGACAAGAUUCAGAAGAUCAUAUCGCAAUUAUCAGUUUAGAUCUUUAAAAUAUCAGCCUGUACAUCCUUUGAGAGCUUUAAUUAAAAUAAUAGUCAAUAUUAAGCUUAAAAACUUUCUUAAGAGUCACUUGCAGCCUUAGACUUUUUAAUAGUUUCAAGGCUUAAUGCAUGAACACAAUUUUUAAAAAUAUUGUAAUAAAUAUUUAUUAUUUCCUCAACAAUCUUAUGAUAUAGAAUAAUUUUUGUGGUAUAAAUUACCUCCAAUGCACAAUAUUAUCUUUCUAGAAUAUUUCCUUAAGAUAUUUAAAUAUUUUAAGUCUGUAUGUUCUUUCAAGAAUUUUAUCUUACCAUUUUUGUUAUUGAACUUAUUUGAUUCACAAAUAUAAAAGUAGGAAAUUCA